AUGUUGACGCACACACUAGCACGAACGGCAUCGGCGGCGCGUUCCAUCGGCAUGCGCGCUACACCCUCCAGCGUUGCACCCCGGCUGUUCUCGACAACUGCCGUCCCCCGCGCAGAGGAGACCUACACAUUUACCUUUCCCGAGAGCCACUAUGCCUAUCACAACUGUGGCCCCAUCCCUCUUGAGUCCACCGCAACCAAAGAUGAGUUGGUCGAAUUAUACCGGACAAUGGCGGUCAUCCGCCGGUUGGAGACCGCGUCUGACCAGCUUUAUAAAGCAAAGUUGAUUCGGGGUUUCUGCCACUUGUCGACGGGCCAGGAGGCUGUUGCCACUGGGAUGAGCGCGGGGAUCUCGAAAGACGAUUCAAUCAUUACGGCGUACCGCUGUCACGGGUUCACAUUGGUUCGGGGUGCCUCUCCGACGAGUAUAUUAGCAGAACUGAUGGGUCGACGUGAUGGAUGCUCACGGGGCAAGGGUGGUUCAAUGCACAUGUUUGCGCACGAAUUUUAUGGCGGAAACGGUAUUGUCGGUGCGCAGGUACCUAUCGGUGCAGGGAUUGCCCUUGCCCAAAAGUAUCUGAACAAGGGAACAAUGACAUUUGCGCUGUACGGGGACGGUGCCGCAAACCAAGGGCAGGUUUUUGAGGCAUACAACAUGGCAAAGCUGUGGAAUCUUCCUGUUGUCUUCGUUUGCGAAAACAACAUGUAUGGUAUGGGUACCUCUGCACACCGUGCAGCAGCAUCGACAAAGUACUAUACGCGCGGUGACUACAUCCCUGGUAUUCGGGUCAAUGGGAUGGACGUUCUAGCUGUGAAAGAGGCAUCAAAAUGGGCACGUGAAUGGACUCUUUCUGGAAAAGGGCCUCUUGUCAUGGAAAUGGUCACAUACCGGUACGGUGGACACUCUAUGUCCGACCCGGGAACUACGUACCGUACCCGUGAAGAAAUUCAACACAUGCGCUCGACCAAUGAUCCGAUUACUGGGUUGAAGGAGAGGAUUCUUGAGCGGGAUAUUUUGUCGGAGGAAGAAUUGAAGAAAAUUGACAAGGAGGUGCGAACGGAGAUUGACAAAGCAGUGACAGACGCGAAAGCCAGCCCUGAGCCCGAUGUGGGGGAACUAUUUACCGACAUUUACAGCAAGGGUAACGAACCUCCAUUCCUGCGUGGAUGCACCCCAGAUGAAAUUCACCGUUACGCCUAA